GACUUCGCGCCCCAGUCUGCAGAGCGCGGUGGCUCUGUGUGGGCGGGGCCGUACGCCCGCGGUCCCCUCUCCAGGCGGGACGAGGCUGUGCCAGCGGGUUACUUUGAGAAGUGGCGGUUCUAGGUUCUGGUGUGAGACUCCUUAUUUGGGCAGUGUAUUUGGAUGGCUCAGAAAUGGGCGCCGCUCCACUUAACCCCGAAUUCUCAGUCUGGAAAGUUUGAAUCCUGCAUGUGUGUCACUAAUUCAGAAGAUGAAAGGACUAAAUAUUGACUCUUCGUUCUUCUCUCCCCCACACCAUCUCCGCAGCUGCAGGAUUGCAUAUGUUGAUUUCAAGUCACAGGCUGAUGCAGAAAGAGCCUUGGACUAGAAACAAGGAGCAGAGCUCAGAAAUCCGCGGCUCUCCGGAGGCAGCUUCGGACACGUGGCCCGGGAGAGAGAGCCACCUGCAGACGGGGAAUUUCUGGGCCCUCGUUCGUUGGCGGGCGGAGCUGACGUGGGCCUCCGACGAGGGCUCUGCGAACCUAUGCGGUCCCCGAGUUUCCGGAGGUCUCGGUCUCAUCAGCGGGGAAACGGGAGACGAACGGCUCUCUCCACGGCCGCCGGACCGCUCACCGUGGAGAGCGGGCCGGAGCCGCGCAGCAUCUCCAAGGCCUCCUCAGUCGACAGGACCUCGACACAUUCGGGAACCCGAAACCACCCCUAGCCAGCCGCCCGGGACUCAGGAACAAGCGGCGCCAAAAUCUUCCGUCCCACCGCGCAGACGCCGGAAGAACAGGCCGCGAAGGGGCAUUUUAGGAACCGCGGCAACACUACCCAAUCGGCGCCAGCCUUGCACAAAGCGAGUCCCGCCCCCAGGGCGCCGCCGCCGAAUCCCCUCCCCACUCCCCUACCCGCCUCGGCCCGCCCCCUCCCGCCUGCGUCCCGCCCCGCGCCGUUCUGGGGUAGAGGCUCCCGAUUGGUCCAGGGGAUGGACGCAACCUCUGAUAGGCCGAGACGGAGUCACGAGGGCGCCGUCGUCGGCUUUCCAGAGGCGAUUACUGGGCAGGCUCAGUCUUUCGCCUCAGUCUCGAGCGCUAGCUAGCAGCCGAGUAUACGUGCUCCUGGAUCCUCUGUAUCAGCGGCCGCCAUCGACGUCGCUUGGGUUGUCUAGGCUCCUCUGCGCCACUCGCCCGCCACACACUCUGCCGGCAUAA